GCUCUCUCAAUCUUUCCCGCUAAAGGUAGUGCUUUUCCCUGAAAAUGUGUCCUUAGCAAUCUUUUUCUUGACCUUCAACUAUCCUCUAAAUUUCUCUUCCGCCGCCAACAUGGGUUUGCUAUUUCCUUUUAGUGCAACACUGUACCGUCCUCUUUGUAGCUAAAAUCUGCAGCUUCGUCUUCUAUCUUCCGCCUAGGAACAUCAAGAUUCUUCUAUUCCAUUGACUCCGAUUCACACAAGGUACCAGGAUACGUAUUUAGUUGUUAGAGGUGACUUUGAAGAUUGAUUUUGCUAGGAAGCACUUCAGAAGCCUCAUCAAUAGAAUGGUAGAUAAAGUGUUUUCUUUGAACUUCAUCACUGGUGGAACAUUUCUGAAGACCAAAUACUCUGGUGGAUAUCAUAGGAAGGUUAAAGAUGCUAUUGACAUGGAGAUAUUUUCAUAUGGUGUCCUGAUGGAAUAUGUGAAGGAGGACUGCUUGUUCGAAGAAAUUGGAGGUGUUUAUGUUCCCAAUUUGAACAGAUUCGGAUGGAAACCGCUUACAAACGAUAGUGAUGUUCUGAAUUAUGUGCUUGCACGUGAAAAGGAUGAUGUUAUUCACUUUUGGAUUGACCAUGUAGCUGAUGAAGAAAUCCCUCCAAUGGAUCAGAAUCAACCACAUGUGAUUGUAAGACCAAGAAAGUGUAUCUUAACAGGAUCAAAUAAUCCAGCAAAGACAAAUAUUUGCAUUCUAAAGUCUGUUCAAGAUGACUUGCCUCUUGGUGAAGAUGAUAUGAUUCCAUUCAAGACAAAAUCAUAUGAACAAACCAGAUUGGAAAAUAUCGAAGCUAACAAUCAACGCUUGACUGCACUUGGGCUGCGUAAGUUAUCAGUAGAAUUGGAUUCUCGUGGUCUAGAGAAGGAAAAGAAAAGAAAACAAAGGAGCCUAAAAGAAGGACAUCAGAAAACUAAGCUAGUAGAACUUGAUGGACAUCAAAAGGAAGCAUCUCACCCAAAAACGCGCUCUCGAUCCAAUGUGCUUGAAAUGCUUGAUGAAAAUGAAUGUGCAGUACCCACUUCUACACAGCUUAUUUUGCAAAAGGCAAUCAAUGAAGUAGUCAAAAAGUGCACUCGUAAAGGGCCUGCAAAAGAACGUAACGAAUCAGGAAAUGGAGAGUUAGGAUCUAUGUCAGCUUAUAUAGCUUUGAAGAAGAAAAAGAAAAUGAUUGAAGUCAAAGAUGAGGGAGAUUCGAUCGAUAUGCAAGAUACAAUAGCUCAACAAGACAAUGCUGAAAAGGGACAGGAAACACCUCAAAAAAGUACUGCAGAAAACCAACAAGCAAUCUAAAAAACCAAACAAGGAGAAACCAAGUAAAGCAGAAUUGUUUCUUGUAACGCGUAAGAGAAAGCCUGGUCAUAAGUAUGCUUCGUUAAAUGAUGUGACAGAGUUCAAAAUUGCGAGGCUUGAACAACUCGUUUCAUCCGGACCGGAAAAUAAUGAGAUGGUUGAGCAACUUAUUGGAGACUUAUCACAUGGACCAAAUUAUCUUAUAGGCAGACGUGGGAGAUCAAAGAAACGGAAGGAACCACCUCCUAACAUUUCAAAAUUAAAAGAAGAAAUGGCUGAUGAAAUGAACAAGCAAAUUCGGCAUUGCUUAGCCUUUGCUAUAACUAAAUUGGCAACCGAUAAUCCAAAUUUGAAAGUCAAUGUUGAGGAGCUUUGUGCAGCAAUGCCAUUUGGUGUUUAUAAGGACCAACUUCAAGAUGAUUCGAACUCUUCUAAUUCUAAUGAGACUGAAGCAUCUAAAGGAGAUUAAAAGAUUGAAACAUACUCAAGGUGUUGAUGGUAUGUGCUUUUUGUUCAUUAGUUAUGGAGGCUGGUUCUCAUUUUGGAUGCAAGAACAAUUAGAAGUCUUGCUAUCAAAAUUAUGGUGUUUUUUUUUUUGAAAAUUUUGGAUUGUAAUUAUUUGCUAUGAUACAUAUGAAUGGAUGAAGGAUACUUUAUUUUGAUUAAAUAUAUUGAAUUGGUAAGUAUAAUAUUUUGAAUUGCAAUUCAGGAAAUUA